GAAAGGAGCUGUGGACGUGUGAACCAUUGAAAAGAGAAAGUGAUAAUAUAUCUGCUGGAUUUACCGUGUAUUACCUGUACUGUUUGAACUUACCUGUUGGCUGUUUUGGACCCUGAUCUACCGAGAACCCGAUUUGUGUACCAAACCCUGCUAUCCUCGAUCGACCACGCCUGCGGCCUGGGGCGGUCCAGGCUGGAGAAACAAACAUUCAGUUACUGUCCUGUUGGAAAGAACUCUCUCUGGUGGGAUUUUGUGUCUCCCGCUUAAUUUGUGUACAAACUCUCCUAACCUUGAAGAGAGUUGUCACACGUGGUGGAGAAUGCAGGCACACGGUGGACUGUGUGUUUUAUUGUGGUUUGAAGUGGAUAAACGGAUUAGCUAUACCGCUGGUUAGGUUAACAAAAAUAAUAAUAAAAAGUAAUACGUUCAGUUAGCAAUCAAAAGGGGAGUUAGGUUUUUGUAUUUUGUUUAUUUCAUUCAGUUUGCUCUGGGAAAAUGAGUAUGGAAGGAGCCAUUACAAGCACUGUUACAAGCAGUUGCAGCCCAACAAGAGGCAACUAGAACUCAACAAAUAGCUCAUCAAGAUGAGUUGUGAAUGCAUCAGGACAAGGUGCAGGUCCAGCACCCAACCAACCAGCUGCUCAGAGAGGAGCAAGAGAGAAACACCAAGGAGUUAAAAGUAGGCCUGCAGGAGCUAGCGACCCGUUCAUCGUACUCAACCAGUUUCAGCGAGGGCUACACCGAGAAAUAUGACGAUGGGUUGAUCAGAAUGAGGGCCUACACUGAUGCUGUGGUCCACGAGGGCAAGAGGAUGGGAAAUGUAGCUCCUCUGAGUCUGCCACACAUGUUCACCAGGGACACAGCGCUGAGAGGGUACUCCAUUCCCAAGGUAGCUAAAAACUAUUUUGUUUCCUCUCCUCUGUACUGGCUGAUCAGAAUUAACUUCCUGGAGGCUGAUGGAAUUUUGUGCAUGAGGAGGCUCUCAUUCCCUUUGCUGCAUUACAUCACUGGGGCUGAGCUCUGUGACAUCCAGAACCUCUAUACCAGGCGGUGUCAAAGGAAGGCCCUACAAAUGGUCAGCCUGUUUUCUCUGCUAGUCCACGGCAAGUGGUAUCAAUGUACCAAGUCCGGAACCAACAGGACCAUGAACAGCUUCUACCCCCAAGCCAUAAGACUGCUAAGUAGUUAG